UUCUCUUCAAAACUCGCCUCUUCCUCUCUUCUCUUCUCUUCUCUUCUCUCUCUCUCUUUCUCGCAAACCAAACCGAUUAUUUAGAACCUCCCGUCUUCAGUCAUCUGAGAGACUGCACCCAAAGCCAUGACUGCUGCUUCAACUGCACCCAACUCUAGCAGUUGGGCUGCCCAGAUGCCUCGCCUCACUGAUUUGGGCUUUCCAUCGUGGUCUAUCUACACGAAGAAGCCCAACAAUAGUAGAGCAAGCAUUGUCAAAAGCGUAAACAGUGCUUUACACUCUCCUUCGGUACUUCAUUUCCCAAAACAGAGCUGCCACCAACCUCCUCCACAGUGGAAUUUGCUACAAAGAGCUGCUGCCAUGGCCUUGAACAUGGCCGAAGGCGUGUUGCUCUCGCUUGAGCGCCAACACCCACUUCCCAAAACCUCGGACCCAAAAGUUCAGAUUGCAGGAAAUUUCGCUCCCGUACCCGAACAACCUGCUCUGCACUCACUUCCGAUCACCGGCACAAUCCCCGACUGCAUCAACGGCGUUUACCUCCGAAACGGAGCCAACCCUCUAUUUGAACCUGUCUCUGGCCACCACUUCUUCGACGGCGACGGCAUGGUUCACGCCGUCACCAUUCAUGGCCACUCCGCCAGCUACGCGUGCCGGUUCACCAAGACACAAAGAUUCGUCCAAGAAAAAAAACUCGGCCAUCCGGUCUUCCCAAAGGCCAUAGGUGAGCUCCACGGACACUCUGGUAUCGCACGCCUUCUUUUAUUCUACGCUCGAGGGCUUUCCGGACUUUUGGACAAUAACCAUGGCACCGGCGUCGCCAACGCCGGGUUAGUGUACUUCAACGAGAGAUUGCUCGCCAUGUCGGAGGACGACUUGCCAUAUCAGGUAAGAGUCACUACCUCCGGGGACCUUGAAACCGUAGGCCGAUACAAUUUCGAUAACCAGCUCAAGUCCACCAUGAUUGCUCACCCAAAGGUCGACCCAGUUUCCAAAGAGCUCUUUGCUCUCAGCUACGACGUUAUCCAGAAACCGUACCUCAAGUACUUCAAAUUUUCUCCCGAUGGAAAGAAGUCCCCGGACAUUGAAAUUCAAGUGCCGGUACCUACCAUGAUGCAUGACUUUGCAAUCACCGAGAACUUUGUGGUGAUUCCAGAUCAACAGGUGGUGUUCAGGCUCGACGAGAUGAUUAGAGGUGGCUCUCCCGUGAUUUACGACAAGGACAAGAAGUCCCGGUUCGGAAUUCUCGCAAAAAAUGCCCGUAAUGCUACAGAUAUUUUCUGGGUCGAGUCCCCAAACACAUUUUGCUUUCACUUGUGGAAUGCCUGGGAGGAACAGGAGUCUGAAGAGAUCGUGGUAAUCGGCUCAUGCAUGACACCGCCGGACUCCAUUUUUAAUGAAUGCGAUGAGAGCUUGAAAAGUGUGCUCUCUGAAAUCAGGUUCAAUUUGAAGACUGGAGAGUCGGCGCGGAGAUCAAUAAUUUCGGCCUCCGAGCAUGUGAACCUAGAGGCCGGGAUGGUGAACCGGAACAAACUUGGGAGGAAAACAAGGUACGGUUACCUUGCCAUUGCUGAACCGUGGCCAAAAGUGUCCGGGUUCGCCAAGGUCGAUCUUUCAACUGGGGAGGUAAAGAAGUAUAUAUACGGCGAUAAAAGGUACGGCGGAGAGCCAUUUUUCUUGCCAAGAGACCCCCAUUCAGAAAGGGAAGAUGAUGGGUAUAUUCUUACUUUCGUCCACGACGAGAGGACAUGGAAAUCCGAGCUUCAGAUUGUGAACGCCACGAAUUUACAGAUAGAAGCUUCAGUAAAGCUACCUUCGAGGGUGCCGUAUGGUUUUCAUGGCACGUUUAUAGACUCAAAGGACUUGACAAACCAGGCGUAGAGGACCGCAAUGAAUGACCACCGUAUGAUCCCCGGCCAGUCUUGGAGAUUAUUCCCCGAAUAAUCUACUGCGUGCAAUUCGUUUUCAAAACCUUACAACCUUUUCCUUCUGGUCAUUUUUUUACUCGAUCGUUUUGAUGGGGACUCAGCUAAUUGAAGUUUUUGGAACGAAGGUAGCUAGCUAGUUUUCGAGCUCAGCUGGUUUCCGUUUGCUUUUGGAUUCAUCGUCUAUGGUGUGUAUCGAGAUCGAUCGAUAUAUGAUCUGCCUCCUUAGAUCUUCCUCUUGUUAAGUACGUCCGGCCCACAGCUUGCAAAUAGUACUUAUAGUAAUCUAGUAAUUAUAGUAAUCUUGUACGUACGUACGUGUUGUGUUUACUCAUGUGGAUCGAUGUUCUACAUUAACGGAGCUUUGUUUUUUGCUUGAAAAUAUAUACUGCAUAAAUCUCCAUGUU